GUUUGUUGCUGCUGCUCUGCUUUGCGUCCUCGUUACAAACGCCUGGUGGACAACAUAUUCCCUGAAGAUCCAAAAGAUGGCCUCGUUAAAGCUGAUAUGGAGAAAUUGACAUUUUAUGCUGUAUCUGCUCCAGAGAAGUUGGAUCGAAUAGGUGCUUAUUUGGCAGAAAGGCUGAGCAGGGAUGUUGUCAGACAUCGAUCUGGGUAUGUUCUAAUUGCUAUGGAGGCCUUGGACCAACUUCUUAUGGCCUGCCAUUCGCAAAGCAUCAAGCCAUUUGUAGAAAGCUUUCUUCAUAUGGUGGCAAAGCUCCUGGAAUCAGGGGAACCAAAGCUUCAAGUUCUUGGAACAAAUUCUUUUGUCAAAUUUGCAAAUAUUGAAGAAGAUACACCAUCCUAUCACAGACGAUACGACUUUUUUGUAUCUCGAUUCAGUGCCAUGUGUCAUUCCUGUCAUAGUGAUCCAGAAAUACGAACAGAAAUCCGAAUUGCUGGAAUAAGAGGUAUUCAGGGUGUCGUUCGCAAAACAGUCAAUGAUGAACUUCGGGCCACCAUUUGGGAACCUCAGCAUAUGGAUAAGAUUGUUCCAUCUCUUCUGUUUAACAUGCAAAAGAUCGAAGAAAUUGACAGUCGCAUAGGCCCUCCCUCUUCUCCUUCAGCAGCUGAUAAAGAAGAGAAUCCUGCUGUGCUGGCUGAGAACUGUUUCAGAGAACUGCUGGGGAGAGCAACUUUUGGGAACAUGAAUAACGCAGUUAGGCCAGUUUUUGCGCAUUUAGAUCAUCAUAAACUGUGGGACCCUAAUGAAUUUGCAGUUCACUGUUUUAAAAUUAUAAUGUACUCUAUUCAGGCUCAGUAUUCUCACCAUGUGAUCCAGGAAAUUCUAGGACAUCUUGAUGCUUGCAAGAAAGAUUCUCCACGGGUUCGAGCAGGUAUUAUUCAGGUUCUGUUAGAAGCUGUAGCCAUUGCUGCUAAAGGUUCCAUAGGUCCCACAGUGCUGGAAGUCUUCAACACCUUGCUGAAACAUCUGCGUCUCAGUGUUGAAUUUGAAGCCAGUGAUUCACACAAAGGAUCUUUAGGCAGUGUCAACUUAAAUUCCAAAGACAAUGAUGAGAAAAUUGUACAGAAUGCUAUUAUCCAAACAAUAG